GGAACAGGAAAAAUGACAAGCUGGAAAAUUUUGCAAGUAAUCUUUGGGCCAGCCUGGAAUCUUCCCAUCCUCUGGCCAUGACCUUGUGACCCUGCUUGGAGGUUGUAGUUACAGUUUCAGAAGUGAUCAAUUCCAGUGAGGAUGUCUGUGCUAAGGUGAAAGCUCACGCACAGUUCUUCACGACGGGAAAAAUGGCUCCAUUCAGACUCUGGAGAUUCAGAGAUAGCAAGAACUGCAGAUGCUGGAGCCAGAGGUAACACAGCGUGGAGCUGGAGAGUAUCAGAGAGGGGAAGUGAAGAAGGGUGUUCCUAAUGACUGGAGAUUGCAGAACCAAAGGUCACAGACUAAGGAUACACAGUAGAACGAAGAUGAGGAGAAAUGUCUUCGCCAAGAGAAUGGGUGGAGUUAGUGGAACCGAAAAAGAUGUCUCCCUCACAGCGUUUGUGACAAAAGAAUUGCAUCGUUCCUUGGCGGCCUUUCAACAGAAGAAUAUUCAGAGAUUUCCCGAGUGUAGCACGCUGAGUAUUGUUAUCCCGAUAGUUCUUUCGUAUCAGUCCGUGUGUAUUCCUGGGCGAAUGUGCUCGUGUGGUCUCAGGAGUUGCGGAGGUCACGGCUCUGGGACAGCCGUUUCAUCGCUCUAUGCUGCAGAACCUACCCCGGAAGAGAGAGCCCAGAGAAUUGCCAAAGCUGUCCGCAAACAGUCAACAGAAGUGAAGGAAAAUUGGGAGCAAUUGAAAACCCGUGCGAGCAACUGGCAGAAACAGGUGGAAAAGGCGUUGGAGAAACUUCAAGAACUGCAGAAAGCGCUGGAUGAUCUUGAGGCUCAUGUGAUAACAGCUGAGGGGGUCCACACUGAUUGGCAACCUGUGGGUGACCUGCUUAUUGACUCAUUGCAGGAUCACAUUGAUAAAACCACAGGAAAAAAGCCUUGAAAGUGCCGUUAAUUUUUUGCAUGACGAGCUGCUGAAUACGAACCAGUCUCACACCAUUGCCAUCACCUUGCCCUUGUGAAGGCAGAUAUGGAUAAAGUUUUCAAAGCUGAUAGAAAAUUGAAAGCACUCACAUCCUGUGACGAUGCUCUACACAUUCUCCACAACUGACUCAGGAUGACACGCAUUCAAGAAUACAACGUUAUGCCAACAGAACCUACCCUGGAAGAGAGAGCCCAGAGAAUUGCCAAAGCUGUCCGCAAACAGUCAAUAGAAGUGAAGGAAAAUUGGGAGCAAUUGAAAACCCGUGCGAGCAACUGGCAGAAACAGGUGGAAAAGGCGUUGGAGAAACUUCAAGAACUGCAGAAAGCUCUGGAUGAUCUUGAGGCUCAUGUGAUAACAGCUGAGGGGGUCCACACUGAUCAGCAACCUGUGGGUGACCUGCUUAUUGACUCAUUGC